GGCUGCGGCGUCGGCCGUUGGCGCGGCUUGGGCGGUUGUCUUGGAGAAGCAAGAUGGCGGCGACGGCGGCCGCGGUGGUGGCGGAGGAGGACACCGAGCUGCGGGACCUGCUGGUGCAGACGCUGGAGAACAGCGGGGUCCUGAACCGCAUCAAGGCCGAACUCCGAGCUGCUGUGUUUUUAGCACUAGAGGAGCAGGAAAAAGUAGAGAACAAAACUCCUUUAGUCAAUGAGAGCCUGAAAAAGUUUUUAAAUACAAAAGACGGCCGGCUGGUGGCUAGUCUCGUGGCGGAAUUUCUUCAGUUUUUUAACCUUGACUUUACCCUGGCUGUUUUUCAACCUGAAACCAGCACGUUUCAGGGUCUCGAAGGUCGAGAGAAUAUAGCCCGGGAUUUAGGUAUUAUUGAAGCAGAAGGUACUGUGGGCGGACCCUUACUGUUAGAGGUGAUCAGACGCUGUCAGCAGAAAGAAAAAGGGCCAAGCAGUGGGGAAGGGGCUUUCCACCUGUCUGAUGUGCAUUCUCCACCGAAGUCCCCAGAGGGGAAGGCAGGUGCACACACCCCUCACAGCAAGAUACCAAGGUAUAAAGGACAAGGUAAGAAGAAGACAAGCGGGCGGAAGUCUGGCGCCAAGGCCAGCACUGAUGCUAGUCAGAGCGACGCCAGUGUGUCGUCCUCGGAGCCGAAGAGCAGGGGGAGUCUUCCCUUACUGGCGGCCGAAAGUAAAGUUGGGUCUUUGUUAAGCACCCAGAGUCUGGAGGGUAAAGACGGAGCUGGGCUUGGUCCAGGGGAGGAGGACGUGGAGGGAGAUUCGUUCUUCGAUGACCCCAUCCCUAAACCAGAAAAGACGUACGGGUGGAGAAGUGAGCCUGGGAAGCAGGUAGGAAGCCUCGCCUCGCUCUCUGACGCGCCCCCUCUAAAAAGCGGACUCAGCCCCCUCGCUGGCGCGCCCUCGCUGAAGGGCUCCGAAGGUAAAAGGGGAAACACAAUUUUGAAAGAUCUUAAAUUGGUCGGUGAUAAAAUGGGAUCGCUCGGAUUAGGGACCGGAGAAGAAGAGGACUAUGCUGAUGAUUUUAACAGUACCAGCCAUCGCUCAGAAAAAAGCGAGCUGAGCAUCGGUGAGGAGAUUGAGGAAGACCUCUCUGUGGACAUCGACGAUGGCAACACCAGUGAUAAGCUUGAUGACCUGACGCAGGACCUGACUGUGUCCCAGCUCAGUGACGUCGCAGACUACCUGGAAGACGUUGCUUAGGCGCCACGGAAGGAAGUGUUGCCAUCGGCCAAGGACAGAGGGGACCCCGACCAGUUCCUUUUUUUGUCCCAGACAAUCACUCUGCUGGGACGUCUGCUCCCCGUUGGUGCCUUGUGUUUCAAAAGACUACAGAUAUUUUUAAAAAGUAACUUUUCAUUUUACUAAACAAAAUACUUCCUAUUUGAGCCCAUACGUGGAAGAUUCCAUACUCUUGAUUUGGCCUAGUACACAUUUCUCUGUGGAGAUUGAUUUUCUAGGCUCAGAUUCCCUACAAGGCGCGAGCCCGUGAAAAUGGCAGUGUUGCCGCGUACGGAAGGCACGGGUGCAGCCGAGGCCGCCCGCGGGUGUGCCUUGGUGCCAGCCGCCGGUCGGAGCGCUGGCAGUAGCUGGUCCUGCUGGCGUUUGCCAGGCGGCCUGGGAACGGUAGGCCCGAAGCCCAUCGCUCUAAGUUACAUUUGAUAGGUCGACUUUCUUUCUCUUUCCUUCCAUUGGGAAGGUUUGUUAGACCGUUCAGGUUUCAUUAGCAUAUCUUGUGUGCUCCGCAGUUUUGCUUGUUUUGAAGAAAUCCAGAGAUGGUUGUGACUUUUGAGUCAUGGAAUUGUCCCUGACAGCCUUUGUGGUCACUGCCCUGUGUCCCUAGAAGAAGCUUUACUCACAGUUUUCUCGUCGCUAUAGUUAUAAUUUAUUAUUUGUAAAGAUGCCUUGAAACAUAUGAAAUACCAAAUGCAUCUGAAACCAUUGAGCAAGGCGUUUAUUUCGGAUCUAUAAGUUGGUCAUAUUAACAUCCACAUUGGACUGUGCGGUAAUAGUGGCCUGAGACCACCUCCGCUUUGAGGAGCCUUGCGCACUGUCCAUGGUUUCAUUGUAACCCUUUCAAGUGGAGCCAGUGGUAGGUUUUCAGGCGGACUUGUUUACAUUCUGUCCAUCGUGCUGCUGUUUCUGGAGGUUGCUGAUAUUGGUGACUCUGACGUGUCCGCCGUUAGAAGUGACACCUGCAUGUUCAUAUUGAUGUAAGUCAAGCUGUGAUAAAUUCGGUACUUUCAAAUCUCAUUUAAAGCUCUUUCUUAAGAGUCGCCUUUGUUAAUAAAGGGAGCAAACUGGGCCUGACUCACUGGUCUCAGUAAGCGAA